AAGAUUUCCACGUUUUCUGGGUUUUUAGGAUCUUGUUCUUGUAAGUUGUGCUGGUUUGAUUCAGUGUCUCUUGUACCCUCUUUUAAGAUUUUUGUCAAGAGGCUAUUCUGAGUUGAAGAGAGUGGCUGUCAAAUUCUUCCUCAUUCUUCAUAUAUUUCUGCUUGAAUAAAGAUGGGGGACCAGAGACCGACAUAUACUCCGGAUGAAGCAAUUUCUGCAAUUGGAUUUGGGAAAUUCCAGGGUCUCGUACUAGUUUAUGCUGGAUUUGGUUGGAUUUCAGAGGCAAUGGAAAUGAUGCUUCUCUCCGUGGUUGGAGUAGCAGUACAAUCUGAGUGGAAGCUUUCUCCUAGCGAAGAAAGCUUGUUAACAUCCGUGGUGAUGGCUGGGACUCUCGUUGGAGCUUAUUUCUGGGGCACCAUAGCAGAUGCUUAUGGGAGAAGAAGAGGAUUUAUUGGUGCAGUAACAGUACUGUCUAUAGCUGGAAUUUGUUGUGCUUUCUCCCCAAACUAUAUACUGCUGUUGGUUUUUCGUAGUUUGGUUGGUUUUGGUGUAGGAGGUAACCAUGUAUUUGCAUCAUGGUUUUUAGAGUUUAUUCCUACUCCAAAUAGAGGUGCUUGGGCGUUUCUACUGUCAAUUUUCUGGUCACUUGGAACGGUAAUUGAGGCUUCACUUUCAUGGAUUGUCAUGCCGACAUUGAGUUGGAGAUGGCUAAUAGCUUUAUCUUGUCUACCAUCCUGGAUUGUGCUUCUGCUUUCUGGACUCGCACCUGAGUCACCAAGACACCUGUGUGUGAAAGGCAAGAUGGAAGAGGCCCAUAUGCUAUUGGAGACAAUUUCAAUAAUUAACAAUGCAACACUUCCCCCAGGAAUUCUUGUCUUAGGUCGAAAGAUGAACAUAGAUCAAGAACAAUCACCAUUGUUAGAUACUUCUCUUAUCUCAUCAGAUAGAGAAAAGAAGCAUAGCUCACAAACUUGCCUAUCAUCACUGUUUGCACUAUUUUCACCAGAACUGGUAAGGACAACUCUUCUGGUAUGGUUUUUGUACUUCGCAAAUACAUUCUCUGUCCUAGGAGUCAUAUUGUUGACCACUGAAGUGAGCAAUAGUGGAAGUAAUUGUAGUUCAACCACUAAGUUUUUGAAGAAUGCCAAGAAUAAUAACCCCUACAGAGAUUCUUUUAUCAAUUCUUUGGCAGAUCUCCCUGCAGUUGUUAUACCUGCAUUUAUUGUGGAUAAAUUAGGGCGGAAGCUCACCAUGGAGAUUACGUGCAUAUUGAGUUUUAUUCUGCUUCUACCACUCAUUAUGCAUCACAAUGAGAUUGUGUCCACAACUCUAUUAUUUGGUGCUCGCAUGUUCAUUUCAGCAACCUUCAGUGUCACUACUGUUUAUGCAAGCGAGGUUUUCCCUACUUCAGUGAGGACAACUGGUGUUGGAAGUGCAACAUCUAUAGGAAGAAUUGGUGGUAUAAUAUCUCCUCUUGUAGCCGUUGGUUUAGUAAGGGACUGCCAUCAAGCUGUAGCAAUAGUUCUGUUUGAAGCUGUCAUAGUUUUGAUGGGAUUUUCUGUGGCUCUUCUACCUUUUGAGAUCAGUGGAAGAGGAUUAAGUGACACUGUUCCACUAUCUAAAGAGGAGCAGCUUUUACCAUCACCAUGCCAUGACUAGCAACGACGUCAAGAGUAGCGGAAAGAUCAGUAUAUGCACCAGUUGCAUACCAAGUUCCUAGCUCGUUGAAUCUAGGAGUGGGAUAGGAACAGUUGUCAGUAUAACUAUUUGUGAAUGGUAUAAGAGUUCUUCAACAGGUUAUAAUUCAUUGCCAAAUGCUUGUACAUCUUUGUAAUAUAAAUUAUAUACUACUCAAUUACAACUUAUAGGGGCUUCUACAUGUUAGUUGAAUUAGAAUUUGUGGUGUUUUUUGGUCCUUAUAUUUUGAAUUUUUAUCUUGUUGACGGCCAAAAACCUUUUUGGACGAUGGUUACUGACAACUGUUCAUGCUCCUUAUCCAUUAAAUUCAGUGAGUGCAAUUGA